AUAUCUAACCUAAAACUUGAAAUACGUAAUAAUUCAGGGUCAAACUUCAUCAAAAAGUUAAAUUAUUUGUGACGCUAUUGUAGUUAAAUUAUCAUAGAAUUCGGGCGUCCCGAGCGCGUAUGAAUAAUUCAUAAUUAUAUCUUAAACUCUAGCGUUACUUUGUGAAGUUUUUAAAGAUGUUUUAUAGAAAUAUUUUAAAAACUUUUUUCCAAUCAAGAAGUUCAUAUUUGGGAAGAUACAAUGGUGUUGUUACAACAAUCGGCAACUACAGGAAUGUCAUUCCUCUGUCAACAACAAGGCUGGCUUUAAAAGAUGAAAAGGUGAAAGUGGUGUUCAAGUUAGCUGACGGACGACGGCUGGAGGCGCAGGGUGCGGUGGGCGACUCACUGCUCGACGUGGUGGUGAACAACUCGCUGGACAUCGACGGGUAUGGUGCGUGUGAGGGCACCGUCACCUGCUCCACCUGCCACGUCGUGCUCAAACCCGAGGACUAUGACAGAUUGCCUGAGGAGGCGGGCGACGAGGAGCGCGACAUGCUGGACCUGGCGUACGGUCUGACGGACACCUCGCGCCUGGGCUGCCAGGUCACGCUCACGCGGGAGAUGGAUGGCCUCGAGGUGCUGGUGCCGGAGAGCGUGCACGACGCGAGGAGCUGAUGCAGAGGACGCUUCUAGUUUAAUGUACACUUGACGCUUGAUGGACUUGACUCUUGAUGGACUUGACACUUGAUGAACUUGACACUUAAUGGACUUGGCAAUUGACGGAUUUGACACUUUGACGUUUUUACACUUGAUGGACUUGACACUUGAUGGACUAGACACUUGACGGAUUUGACACUAUUGAUUAACUUGACUCUUGAUGGCCUCGAUAUUUGACGGAUAUGACACUUGAUGGACUCGAUAUUUGACGGAUAUGACACUUGAUGGAUUUGACACUUGACGGAUUUUACACUAGACAGAUUUUACACUUGGUGGAAUUGACACUUGACGGAUUUUACACUUGAUGGACUUGACACUUGAUGGACUUGACAUUUGACGGAUAUUACUUGACGGAUUGGACACUUGAUGGACUCGACACUUAACACUUGACUUGACACUUGAUGGAAUGGACACUUGACGAACUUCACACUUGACGGGUAUUACUGGGGUUUGAUGAACUUGACACUUGACGCAUUUGACCCUUGAUAAACUGAGCACAUAAUGAACUUGACACUUGACGGAUUUUACACUUGAUGGACUUGACACUUGACGUUUUUGACACAUGAUGGACUUGACACUUGACGUUUUUGACACAUGAUGGACUUGACGGAUUUGACACUUAAUGGACUUGACACUUGAUACUUAAUAGAUUUGACACCUAACGCAUGUGACACAUGAUGGACUUGACACUUGAUGGACUUGACACUAAUUGAUGGUCUUGACUUUUGACGGAUUUGACCAACUUUACACUUAAUCGCCUUGUAACUUGAUAGGCUGUAUACUAGUUAGACCUGCCACUUGAAAGACGUGACGUCGCAAUACGUUGACAGAGAAAGCAAUAGACAAUUGUGACUGAUUUUUUAAAUAUUUUGGGUGUAUAUAAUUAUUAUAGAUAAUCACAAUAAUCAAAAUGUUGAUUAUUAUAGUUAGCUAUGUAUAUGUACCUAACUGCCUGCAAAACCAAACAGUAUAAUACGAUUUUUUUAUAUCUAUACUAUAAGCCCUACUCAAUCUGUACCAAAAAUAAAAUUAAAAAUGAGGGUAUUAAUUGCUAGACAUUUCACAAUUAUUAAUUAAUAUAUAUUGAAUAACAUUUUAAAAAUAAACAGUAUAUAAUUUAAAAUAAAUGAAACGAAAUGAAUGAAAUUAAAAUAAAAUUAAAAAUGAGGGUUAAUUAAAAUUGCUAGACAUUUCACAAUUAAUAGUUAAUAUAUAUUGAAUAACAUUUUAAAAAUAAACAAUAUAUAAUUUUAAAACUAAUAAGUUAUGAAACGAAAUGAAUGAAAUUUUCUAUCUUCAUUUCUAAUUUGUUUGUUGGUAAAAAAACAUACAUACAGCCGAAUGUAGAACCUCCUCCUUUUUGGAAGUCGGUUAAAAAGAUAGAGCAAGACUAGUAUAGUUGUUCAACUUGCCUCACACCAUGGAAGCAAACGACGUAUUCAAUUAAAAAUGUAUUAUUAUAAAUACAAUACCUACUUGUAAGAUAUAACAAUUAAAGCUCAAAUUCCCCGGGCAGCUUUAAUGGUGCUUUUUUAUUUUUAGUUUAAAUUCUGUACUGCUGUUGGUGUUGUGCGACUGGACUAUUGUUUAUAAUGAUUUUGAACAUUGUUUUAGUCCAAUUCGUUGAUCCAUUUGGCGGAUGGUCCAAUUCUUAUUUGGUCUAAUAUUUAUUUAUGUAAAAAUUUUUAUAGUCCCUAACAUUUUUCUACUCUCACAUAAUUUAACCCUAAUUGUAAACUAAAAAGAAAUUUAAAUUAAUUAUUUAUUUUAAUUGAUUAUGAAACACGGCUAAAACUCACGUGAUAUUAGGUCGGAGUAUGCCCGACUAGUUUCGAACCCAUACGCUUCGCAGUUUGGAUCGUGCCGCGAUGCAAGAACCAGCUCAUGACUAAGGGCCCCGUAUGGGUUCGAAACUAGUCGGGCAUAUUCCGACGUAAUAUCACGUGAGCUUUAGCCGUGUUUCAUAAUCAAUUAAUAUGAAUAACACUCACGAUAGUUUAAAUUCUAAAAUAAUUAUUUAUUUGUUGAUUAUUUUAAACGGGAUAUAAUUGUGUAUUGAGGGUUAUUAAAACUCGAGUCGAAAAUAUAUGAAGCUAAAUGAUAUAAAUUCUAUAUUUAAUUGUUAAAUACAUAUAUAGAUUCUUAAAGAUUGAUUCUCAUUUUGUCCACUGAAAAUUAAAAAUUCACAACUCAUAAAAGUUAAGUUCAUAAUUAAACUUAUUAUAUUAAAAAUAUUUGCUAUAUCUUUUUAUUAUGACCAAUAUUAGGCGGGGCAUCGAACCUCGAUCACUUGGUGAUGAGUUUGGCUACUUCACUGUUGAGCUAUUCAAGGCACUUUCAUUUUCGAUCAUUUUAUAUUGAACCAAAUGAGAAUUCAACUAAUCCUGACCUCUAUGUUAUAUGGGCCCAUUUAGUUCACUAAUUAAUAGAUACCUACAUAGAUUAAGAUUAAGUUACAUAAAAAUGUUAUAUAAUUUGAAUUUUACUGAAUUUAUUACAAUGAAAUUAUAAUUUUUAUUACAAGAUAA